UAAUUAUUGUUUCAGUAUCGUUUCAGCCAUGAGGUUAGUUGUUAGAUUUUUUACUGUUUUGGUGGCAAUAAUUUUUCCGAAUUGGGUCUGCACUACGAAGAUGGACAAUUAUUUCGACCUCGAUUGGCAACUCAUGACAGAAUUGAAAAGCUAUUCUGAGGACCUGCAAAACCAUAUAAGUGUGUUAAAUCGCUAUAUAGAUGAUAGAAAAUCUGAACUAGCUAAAGUGGGAAACGAUCGUGAAAAAUAUUUGGGCAACCCUAUUAACAGCUACUCUUUAUUGCACCACUUGCACUUUGAUUGGCCAAUUUGGAGAAAACUAAUGGUGAGGCCUUUGGCUACAGAGCAAGUCGGUGAGAUGCGAGAGUUGCUUUCCAAGAUUCCAACGAAAGGUGAAUACAUGGAUUCGAUCAAGGAAGCUAUAGAUUUUCAAAAACAGGAAGACGGAUAUGUGAAUUCUCACGAAGGAAUUUUAGGACAGGAAAGUGAAGUUUUAGAAGAAGGUGCACUGUUUAGUCCAAUGGAAUCCCUGGAAAUCGCUCAGUAUGCGUACGACCAAGAAAACUAUGAACAGGCAGAAGACUGGCUUAAUACUACUCUCAAUGGUUAUACAAAUCUCGAUCAUGAGGAAAGGGAAGUUUAUAAAGUUAUAGUCCCUGUUAGCGAGAGUCAGGUGCAGGACCUUUACGAAAAAGUGAAGGAAAUUAAUAGGAGUCUACGUUGUUAUGGCUUAAGUAUGACGAAUUUUUUUAGCGAUGAUAACAACUGUGUCCAUCAGUCUUCAGUUGAGAUCGUAAAUAUGAAGACUGUCCUGAUUUUAUCAGUCGGCUUGGCCUUCGCUUACAUAUCCCUUACUAAGUCCGAGACUCGUCCUGCUUUAACCAUUCUAAAGUUAAUACAUUUUCUACAGGUUAAUGUACAUUUGGUGGAGCACUUAGAUAAAUAUAUAGAAGCGUUGGAUACGAAAUUGAGAGUGAUCAACGAAGCUCUUGUCGACUUGGCGACAUAUCACAUUCAGUUUGAGAAUGACAAAUUGGGUAUUAUAUCUAGUCCAGUUGGCAGUUACUCCUUGAUACAUCAUAUGCAAUCGGAUUGGACUCACUGGCAGUUUUUCCUGCAGGAGGAUCCAGGAAGAGAUGAAAUUAAAUCCCUAAUAUCCAAAACAACGUAUCUACCCGAGGAACAGGAUAUAUCAGAAGUCUGUCAGGCCAUUUCCAGUAUUAUGAACGCUAAUGAUUUGCUUCCCAGAGACAUUGCAAGAGGUUUCUUCUUAGGAAAUCAAUACAAAAACUCGUUGUCUCCUCUCGAUUGCCUUCGGAUGGCAGAUUACAGUACAGAUAUUAAAGACUUUGAGAAGUCCAAGCAGUGGCUUCAGGUUGCUAUAUCCAUUCUAGAAAAUUCUAACCAUACAAAACCUCUUUUUCCACUUCCGCACUUGAAUACCGUUGACUUAUACCUAAAACUAGCAGAAGCUUAUGUGAGACAACGAAACUGGCAUACAGCUCUUGAAACUGUGGAAAUUGCUCUGAAGUUAAAUCCUCGAAAUGCAAAUCUGCUUAGAAUGCAAGAGCACUUAGGCUUUCAGAUUCUGCUUGAUCCGCCCUCUUCUACGGAUUUCAAUAAUGGAAAUAACAAACAAGGGUUUCAAAGAAGCAAAAGCCUUUAUUGUUUUUAUCACGCUAGGAGCGGAUCUGCAAACCCUUUUCUCGCCCCGAACAAAGCAGAAAUUAUCUUCAUUGAUCCAUUGUCUGUAAUUUACCACGAUUAAUGGUCAUCAAUAGUCUAAAA